AUGCGACAUAAUCCAGAUUCAUAUCGAGCACGGCUAGUCACAGCAGCCCCGGCAGUCACAGCGGUCCCGGCUGGUUACAACGGCCCGGCUGGUCACAACGGCCCGGCUGGUCACAACGGCCCGGCUGGUCACAACGGCCCGGCUGGUCACAACGGCCCGGCUGGUCACAACGGCCCGGCUGGUCACAACGGCCCCGGCAGUCACAGCGGUCCGGGCAGUCGCACAGCAGCGGCCCGGCUAGUCACAACGGUCCCGGCAGCUACAGCGGUCCCGGCAGUCACAGUAGUCCUAGCAGUCACAACAGCGGCCCGGCUAGUCACAACGGCCUCGGCAGUCACAGCGGUCCUAGCAGUCACAACAGCGGCCCGGCUAGUCACAACGGCCUCGGCAGUCACAGCGGUCCCGGCAGUCACAGCAGCGGCCCGGCCAGUCACAGCAGUCCUAGUAGUCACAACAGCGGCCCGGCUAGUCACAGCGGCCCCGGCAUUACAGCAGCGGCCCGGCUAG